AGGGGGCGGCGGGGCGGGCGGAGUCAAACAGCUGGAUUGUCUCGUGGCGGCGAUGCAAGUCGACCCGCUGCAUGUGAGCGCGAGCCUUCCCCCCACACUCCGCUUCAAAGCGAAAAAUCGGUUAACGGGAUCUACGGGAAACACGGGAGGAAAAGAAACGAGCUCCAACAGGUCCAGUGUUGGAUAGUUUUGGUGGAGUUGUGGAGGACAGGUCGACGUGCUCAAAGUAACCAAAAAAAAAAAAAGGAGCAACAACUUUGCAGCUAACGUGACGGCAGGAGGUGAGCAGACACGGAUUUGUCCUCAUUGUUGCUAGCUAGAAAUGUGAAGCUAAGAGGACACAUCUGUCCUGCCAGCGUCCCGUCUACCAUCCUCCCAUCGUCGAGAAAAUGAAUCAGUCGGUGGCAGUGCAGAUGUCAGUCACACUCAGUUAAAUGUUAGUACUACUUGAGCAGAUAUCGCUCGGCUGGCCGAAGAGGAAAAAGAAGAAAAGGAGCUGUUGAAGGUGCUGGAAGAUGUCUAUCUGGAUGAUAUUACCCGUCAGCCUCCCAGUCCUCACCAUCACUGGGAUAUGGGUUGUGUACGCCAUGGCCUUGUACAACCAGCAUGUCUGCCCUGUGGAUAACUGGUUGUACAACCAGUCAUGUGAAGAGGAGCUGUAUUUGCAGAGCGGGCCAACCUUGUGCUGCACACUAGACAAUGUACCUCUCAUCAGUAAAUGUGGAACUCUUCCCCCUGAGAGCUGCUUCUUCAGCCUUAUCUGCAGCACAGGAUCAUUCAUGGUUAUGGUGAUCGUGCUGCUCCGCUAUGCCCACGUCAUUGAAAAGCACCAAAACUGUGUUCUCAACACGGCGAGUCUCUCCACAGGCUGGAUCUGUGCUGCUGGACUCAUCAUGGUGGGCAACUUCCAGGUGGAUAAUGCCAAGGUUCUCCACUAUGUCGGAGCAGGCAUUGCCUUCCCCACCAGUAUGCUGUUUGUGUGUCUGCAGUCAGCCCUGACUUACCGACUGGCCAAGACCCAGGGGGAAUACAACGUGGCCCACCUCCGACUCUGCAUGGCCCUGCUGGCCUUCGUAGCCUUGGUGCUCAGUGGUGUGUUUUUCUGUCAGGAGAGCUUCGUCCUUCAGCACGCAUCAGCCAUCUUCGAAUGGGUUUUCUGCGUCAUCAUCAUGCUGUUUUACGGGACAUUUUCCUUUGAGUUUGCCAGCAUGUCAGGAGAUACAAUGGCUGUGCUGGCUAGAGGAGGAGCCCUGGGACCUGCUGGGAGAGAACACAAAGUGGAUGCACUGGGAUCACUAGGAGGACCCGGUCCACAUUCACACCAACCUGAAAACAUGUCCAUACUGUAGCCCGCUGGCACAUCUUCAUGCCACACAGCUGGCUCGGUUAUUCCUAUCAAACUCCAGUUGAUGAAUUGAGUUUAAUGAUUCAUUUCCAGCCACAUUUGAAGCUUUGAAAUGAACCAGGCCAGUGCAGUCGGCGGUCACGGCAGAGUGGAUUCUACCCCAGAAGUGUAGAUGUGCUGCCUCAGUGGACAGCUCUGCUUGUAUUAUACUCACAUCAGAGCUUGGUGUCUGAACUCGUUUGUAUUUUGCACGUUGCACAAGUGUGAAACCAAAUUUUCCCUCCCAGAUCCUGGUCCAAGUUCUCAGUGAUCAGAGGAGGAUUUCAUCAAUCAGAUCAAGAAAAUGUCCUGCCCCUCUCCCCCUGACAUCCUGUAACCUGUUUCAAUAAGUGCCCUUGGACCAUUUCCACUUCAGGUGACUGCCAUGAUGCUUUUAUUGUAUAUAAAGGAGGUAAGGCUGCUGGACAGCCGACCUUACAGUGUUACACUAGAGAGAUGGAGAGAGAAGCAAACAGAGAGAGGCUGAUGUACGAGUAUUACAGUGAGAACAAGGUCAGACCCAAUGCUUGUUUUCCUCCGAGAGACUGGAUAAAUGCAAUAAAUUCAAAGAAACACUAUCAGAUCUAAAGGUUUUAGUCAAUCCUGGAGAUAAAACAGAGCAGCGGUCUGCAUUUCUACAUUUUCCAAUCAUUUAAACCUGCAUUAAGCAAUAUUUUAAUCAUUCAUAGUGCCAAAUUACCUGAGACUAACACCCCUACUCUACAUAUAUUUCUAGCUGCUUUCAUCUUAAUGUUUUGGUUACUAAAUCAAGUCGACUCUACGCUACCUUCCUGCCAAGAUUGUCGAGUGGAAAGCAAAGAAAGUCUCACAUUUGGCAAGCUGAUGACCCAGAUAUUUUUCUCAGGGGUUGGUUAACCGAGGCUAAAAUGAAGGUAAAUGUUGGUUAAUAUUGGUGCACGGACGUUAGCUGUAAAAACUUCCGUCAGUUUGUUUUGUGGACAGAAAACGCUUAAUGCAGCUUUAAAAUAUGCAACAUCAGCAACUUUAUGUUUGAUCAGCAACUCCACAUAUGCAAGCAACACUAUUUUUAAAGUAUCCAUGAGACCCACACCUAGCACACAUUGUGUUUUGGUGUCUGGAUGCUU